GACUUGAGGGCUGAAACCGCCAACCGAUUGGAACCCAGAAAACAAAGUCUGAAAGCCUUCCUGCCCGUGACUUUCUUUCCCAUUCAGGCAGGGCCCGCAAUGGCAGAGCAGCAGUUAGAUCUCAACGCUGCUGCAGAAGCUUUGGCCGAAGCUGUGGCGGGCGCUGUUGCGGCAGUUGAUGCCCAGGCGCCUGCGGAGCCACCUGCUCAGCCUGCCCCAGAAGUUCAAGAAGUUGUUCCACAAGGCAGCGCCGAGAUUGCCAAUCAAGUGCUCCGACAUGGCAUCCAAAUCUCGCCUGCUGUCAUUGGCUUGACUUCUGACAGGAUUGUGGAGCACUAUGGGGCAUCAUUCUUCCCCGAGGGGCGGCGUACGCCAGAAGCAGACAGAGAUUCACAGUGGAGAGGAUGGCCACUUCCUUGGUGCCGUGAUGUCGACAACAUGCCAGACGUCAACGCCUAUGGGCGAGACUGCAUCGCCUACGUGAAGCUGCUGAUGAAAGUGAGUGGGAUGUUGAGGGCUGAACCAAGGAUGUUGCCCAGCAUGGCCCAAGCAUCCCGGCUCCGCUCCAGGGAAGACAGGAACCUCUCCUUGCUUGAGAAGUCUUUUUUCACGGAGCGGUUCACGCUUGAGUUUAUACGCCAGAUGGAAAAGUGUGGUGUGAGGCGCGCGGAGGAGUUCCAAUCCACGCGAUCUCUCGAGCAAGGCUCCCAGCAGUUUUUUGCCCCACUUCCUGGAGAGCAACCUCCUUGGACUCGCUCACUGUGGUGCACAAGCGACGGCUACUUCUACGCAUUCCGCCACGUCGCUGCAGAUGUGAGCCACAAGCAUUUUUUACAAGUGGGGACCUGGCUUGCAGAUGGCGUUGGGCGGACGAUGGUCCCUCCUGACCUCGAGGAGGAGCGCGGUCGUCGUGGCAGGGGGGAGUAUCGCGGAGGUGGAGAGCAGUAUCCUGCCGGACAGCCACCGCAAGCUGCUGCUCCUGACCCUGACCAAGACCCUCUUGGCAUGGACGACUUCUGGGGCAUGAUGAAUUGCGUGGCCAUCCCAUUGCUCCUGCGCGGAGGAGGUUUGCGCGGGCUGGUCUACAUUUACCUGCACUUGCCAAGGCUUGAAGAAGAGAGUGAUGGCAGCACUCCCGCAGCAUGGCCUUUCUGGGGCUUUGGCACCGAACUUGCUGUGCAAUCACUGAGCUUUGCUCCUCAUCGCUUCGAUUCGGCAGCAAGUCCACUGUUCAAAUUCUGCAGCCUCAUUGGGGCCAUUGCUCUGCUGUGCGGAAUGCAGGCAGCUGUGUGGAGAAUGGCAGGCUUUUGGCAGGUCACAGGAGUGAUUCUCCAGGUAUUCGAAUAUUCCGAGAAGUUGAUUGCAAAGCCCCCCGAGAAGUUCCUUCGUGGAGAUGAAAAAGCAGGUUGCGAAGUUGGGUUUUUGCACGAGGAUGAUUUAGAGGAAGAGUGGGUAGUAUCGGUGCCAACAGGCCCCAUGGCUUUGGUCAAGGAGAGCUUCGACAAAGCAACCGGUGUGCUGCUUGAUAUCCUGUUGGACCUCGUCUCUGGAAAGCAUUUUCCCGAUUGUCAGGAGCUUGCUUCCCAAGCUGGUGGAAUGAUCAAAGCCUUGCAGAACAUGGGUGGCCAAGAAGACCUCCAGCUCCUCAAGGAAUUGAAGAUUGUGACAGACAUGUUUGAUGGCCAUUCCAAAUCCAUUACUCCAAGCAAUGCUGCACGUGCCCCAAGCCUGCUGACCCCGUUGACUGCCGAAGGGAAGCUUGAUCAUGAGGGCGAUGAGCCUUGGGCUACCCCUUCUGUUCCUCCACCGAACCUUUGGAAAGAGAUUCUGGCUUUCAUGGGCUCCAGCGCCACCGAGCCAGCAGACUUUGUGAUGGCAUUUGAUGGGAGAUCCUGCAAGGAAGAUGAUCUGCUCAGCCAAGCCCAUGCCUGUGAAGGUGCAAAUGUUUACACUGGUGGCUGCCCCCCACGGGCCGGGAGAUCCCGUAAAGUUCCCUUGUCUGGCAGAAAGUUGGAGACCAUGGCCAUCAGAUGCCCCGUGCAGCGGUCCCGCAUCAAGGUAUCGAAAAAGGAGACCUUCACCGCGUGCGGUGAAGAAAGCACAUACGAGGGCACCUACACAGGUCUGAACAAAGAGCACCUGCAGUGGCUCCAGGCUAUCGCUGACAGAGCAGCGUGCGGACUCAUUGCUGCGGAGGGGAGCUCCUUAUUUUCCGAGGAGAAUGCCACUGCAGUGAAGAAAUCAUUUCCAGACGUCAUUGCUUGUUUGGCAAAGGCCCAGGAAGAAGACGUCUCAAAUCCACGAAAUGCAGCAGUGAAAGGUGAUUUGCUUACUUUGAAGGGUGUGAGAUGCAGGGGCGUGGCCAGCAAGUUGCUCCUCAUGAUUCUGCGUGCUGCCUUCUGUCCAAAAAUCAGACUGCGAUGCAAGACUGCCAUUGAAGCAAGUGCGAAGACCAAGGGCAAAACAGCCCAGCCUUCCCAGUGCAGCAACCAUGUGAAAAAAGGCAGAGCAGCCAAGCCGCAACAAAGUGGCCGCAAGUCCCUUGUGAAGACCAAAGGCAAAACAGCCAAGCCUAGGCAGAGUGCCAGGCGCAUGGCAGUGAAGCAAAGUUUGGUUCCCAAAGCAAGGAGGGCAUUCGCCCUAUUUUUGGGUGAGAACACCAAAGUCAAGAAAGGAGCUUCAAAGUCUGAGUAUCAAGCAGAGAUGCGAAGAGUUGCGGCGCUUUGGAAACAGUUGGAUGACAAGCAAAAGGAUCGUGGUGAAUCCGAGCUAGCCCCCCGGAAUGCUUUGCCCCAUGCCCGGCGCAAGUUCCGCAUUGGCAAUUACACCGUCGUAGAGGAUCAGCUGGGUAGUGGCUCUUAUGGAAAGGUAUUUUCUUCCUGCUGCCCAAAUGGCCGGUCUUGUGCCAUCAAAGUCUACCGCAGCCGGCAAGCACAUCAUGAGGCAGCGUUCGAGCUUGCUACUUACGAGAAGCUCGGGAAGCUGGCAAUGCCGCAUUGCCAAUGGUUUCCUAUGGUCCUCGACUUUGCCAAACUCUUGCACUUGGACAUCAAGCCGGCUAACAUUCUGUGGUGCGGUGAGCUGCGAGAGCUGCGGCUGUGCGACUUCGGCAUGUCAGGAGAACGGGCAACAGUUGCAGGCCCAAUACCCACAACCGAGCCACGCUUCACAGAAUAUGUGACGCCCUUUUACCGACCACCCGAGCUGUGGAAUUUGGUGUCUGGACCAGUGGCUUUGCAGGCAGCAUUGACCAGGGCAGUGGAUUUGUGGAGUUUUGGCUGCGUGGUCUUUGAAGUUGUUGCUGGCAAGCCACUCAUGAAGCCUCUGGACCGACGGCAGCCGACUUCCAAACAGUGCGUUGCUGAAUGGUGCAAAGAUUGGCCAGAGCUGAUUGCUUCCUCCGCCUGCGUUGCCGGUACUCGGGGAUCUUGGAGCUGCUGGCGUGUUCGUAUGUGGUCUUGUGGCAUGUGGAGCUCUGUGGUGCUGAACGCUUGCUGCCCUGAGCCAAAGUCCAGGAAGUGGAUGAAAGAUGGUGCUGCCCACAUCAACCGCGCUGACU